AUGGGUACCCUCACCUGUGGAGCGACUUGUCCGGUGCUUGCUUAUCUUUCCGAUGAACGCACACUUCGUGAGCACCAGCAGAUCUCGCUACAGAGCUUCCGACGUAAGGCCUCGGAGCCCGCUGUGAUCAAGCUGUCGGACUACUCUCCUGCAGUGACACCAAAGAAAACUCACCGCUUCUGCAACGCGGAAAACAUGUCGAGUGAAGCAGGGCCUGGCCCAUUUUCUCGCACUCCACCGGACCUCGAUGCAAGCAGCAUGUAUAGUCUUCGUUCGGUAUUCCCUCGCCCGACUACACGACUCCACGAUGACGAAGUAGGAGGCACCACUGAGCGCUUACUGCGGCCACGCUACCUCUGCAUGCUGGAUGACUCGACCGAAACAGGUUUCAGAGUGGUCUCGGCUAACGACGACAUUGAGCUGCUCUCCGUGCAAUACAUCUUUGUCUCGUAUACCAGAAGGCACUUCUACACGCAGAUGGCUGGCGACACAAGCCUGAGUGACAUUGAACGUGAGCGGAGAAGAGCCAGUGCAGAGAGGGAUGCCGCAGCUUUGAUAAAAAUCUCAAUCGAUGCUGCGAAAAGUGCGAACACGACGGCGUUCUGGAUCGACUUCGAGUGUGUGCAGCCCGACAGCCCUGAACACGCAGAUGCAUCAAGAUCCAUGCAGGAUGUGUAUCGUAUUUGCGAUGUCGUUCGUGCAGCGAGAAGCAUGGUCAUCGUUGUUGGUCCACCAAUCAAUGAGCAGUUCGAGCACGUCGAGAGCGACUUCUCCAGCAGCGCCCAGCUAUCUUGGCUUCGGCAGUGGGGAGACCGACUGUGGACACUACCGGAAGCACUCCUAUGUCCCAGAGACCACGGUGUCAUGCUAUGGUAUGCAGGCGCAAACCAGCACAAAACUCAAGUUGUGGAAAAGCGAAACCUACCGCCCUAUGUAUGGGACGAUGCGGCCACGGUUGGCCAGUUGAUUGAUCACUAUGAGGGCUCGAUACAGCUCACUCAGCUUGAGCUUCUGGUGAUAGCCUUGAACAGUCUGCAACGCCGACAAACAGUCGCAAGAAUGCAUGCGGACGCCAUAUACGCUCUGAUGGGUCUCAUGCGGGAGAGAGUCCUGGUCAGAAAAGAUGACUCUGCUUUUCAAGCCUUUGCACGCCUCUCGCUCGCCAACGACAGCGACCGACCUCUAGAACGACUAUACUGCUUGAAGCCGCCCACGCACACGGCUUCCUGGCAUACACUGCAAGACGCUUGGGGCGCCAAACUGUGGGAUAUUACUCCAGAGUGCCAGAUAUCAGAAGUCUGUGACGAUGACGCCGUCAUCCUCGGGAAUCUGUACGGCGCACACAUCGACUGGGCGCCGCUUUCCAGCAUCGAUUUUAUUUUCGACACAUCACGAUCAAAUGCGAUCGCUACCCUCGAUCUAAUUAUAUGGCAAAUCAUCACCAGCGCCGGUCCUCCGAUGGAUUCGACUGACACCCUUGGUCUAUUGCUGACCUUUCAAUGGGGCUUCAUCGCCGGCAUACUACUCCUAUGUUAUGUGACGUCGAUACUCAUCCCACCACUUAUUAUAACAUUCUAUAAUGGAGAUGUGGAGCAGACGCAAGCAAGGCUUUGCGGUUUCCAAGGGAUGCCGGACCUUCCGAGCGUCGAGCGGACAUUAUUCGGUAGAUGUCGAGGCCGUCUAGAAUGGUCUUCGCAUUCGCUGAGCGAAGCGGCGGAGGAUGGCAUUGAGCUUUACACCAUAGUCGACACAGUGACAAUGAAAGCUCACGUCUUUCGAGCACGUACACGUCCAGAUGUACUGAUGGUUUGUGGGAGGCAGGGAGGCCUGUUGAGAACACUGCUCUGCUCCUACGAUAUCGAGGAGUGCAGAUUCCACAGAGAAGCAGUUCUGCGCAUGGAGACCAAGAUCUUGCAGCGUAUGUCAAGGAUGGAUUUGUGUCGGGUCUCGUUGACACCACGAGAACGAUAUGCGGACGAGAUUGUAGUCUGA